CCUCAAUCUCUCCUGCCCAAAGUUGGGAAUGCUUAGGCCUUUGAAUUUAUCUUUUUUUAGUAGGUAGGUAGGCAAUAAGGAUGGGCAGGUGCAUCGGGUCAUGGAGUACCUACUCGCCACCCAGGUCCUUAAGGUAUCAGGCAGUGUUUUGGAAGGAGAAACUGUCCUCAUGUUGAAGACCAAUUGCAUAACAGACAAGGCACGGAUGACUUUAUCACUGUGAACUCCAAACCAAAUCCGACCAAACUUCAACUCGUUCACUCUACAUAGUGUGCAGUCUUCCAUUUUUAAAUUCUAUCAUGGCCGGUCCCCCGACUCCUGUGUCCCGGUGCCCACUCGUUUACUUAGAGAUCCGCGAUGGACCAUCCGCCAGAGCCUAUAACUCUUCUCACCCACACAGUGCUUUCACCUUGACAAUCGAAGGUGAAAGGCCGAUCGAAUCAGAGAUGGGUAUCUUGGUCCUAUUGAUUCAUAAAGGGAAACAACAAGUGGUUUCACUUCGACUCAGCGAAAUAAGAGGAGGAUCACAGUCCUCUGGAGAGAUUAUCAGCAUCAAUAAGCAAACUAAUCGAAUCUGUGUAUCUGUACCCAAGAAGCCCCAAGCGCUCCUCGCGCAGUUCGAGGAGAAGAGAGAUUUCAGCGUUGCUGUUUGCUUGCUGCAGAGGGCUGGGUUCUUCGCCUGCGAGGCAAUACCAGCAUCUCUUCUGACAGUUCCCCCUCAACCCGGACCCCAAACACGCGAUGCCAUGUUUGACCUAAGGCCACGACUCUCCUCAAUCACGCCGCCCUCUCUAUUACCUCCGAAUGAUUUCCAAGGAGCUGGUGCUCAAUCUGACUUCUCGUUCACCACAAUGUUGAACGCUCCUUUUCAGCCUUCACCAUUUUCGACAAUCCCGACCUCGCAUAUCGAGCAGACACAAAGAGCGCAGUCAAUGCCUAUGCAAAGCUAUUUACCAGGAACCCAAAUGCGCCAUACUAGCCCAGUGACGGCACAGCUCAACCCAUACAACAUGUUGCUUGAAAGAGACGGUACACGCUCACAUAUACCUCGCGUUGGGUCACCUCUGAGGUACUCCUUUAACUUGAAUCCGCCUCCAACACAGUCACCCAUCGGUAGGACCGAAAUGAUGGUGCCUGUGAAUGUAACCAUAACAGGCCCCGAUGCUCAGAGUCUCCCAGUUCGUGAAAGCUCUAAAGUCGGUUCUUUUGAAUAUCACCAGAACGUUGCUAUUAAGAGUUAUAAUAAGCACGCAGACUUAAGAGAGGACCUUUCGCCCGAACCGUACCGUCAACAGCCACUGCACAACCAGGACUUUCGCAAUUCGAUGCCUCGGCCCAGACAGUUGCCAUUUGACUUACGCGCAAAGACCACCGCGCCAUAUGAGAAGCCUAAAGUGCAUGUCAAUGUGCAACCAGGUCUCGAGAAAUCCUCUGGCUCUGGAAAAUCCAAGGGAUCUCUUGACCAACCUUUGAGGACAGAUUCAAUCAAUUCAGGGAAAUGUCAAAGCACCUAUUCCACGUACAACACGACAAACAAGAGGCUGAAUCAGCCCAGUCGCAGAGCUCUUACGUCAGAAAACACUGAUAACUAUUCCAAUCUAACUCACAGUAUUGAAGACCAUCCUCCUGGCUCUAAUUCGGUGGGUACGUUUGCGAGUGUGAAAGCAAAAGAUGAUAUGUACAAGGACGCCGAAUGUCAGACAACCCUCCCAAAGACCCCGAAAGCUUCAACUAGCUUGCCGAGCUCUUCAGAAUUGAGACAAGAAAUCUCGGGCGUGGAGGUCUUGCCAUGGGUUAUGCUUACUGAUUGCAACACAUUGAAGGAUUUGGAUCAAGCAACAGCCACGUUGUUUGAACAGUUCGAAAAGGAUGUCGCAAGGGGUGGUGACGAAACUUUACUCGCACAGUUCUAUCUAAAGCAAGUAUGGGCAAGGCGUAGAGACUUCUGGUUUAAAAAGCUUCAAGUGAUGGUCGGUGGGGAGUGACGACUCUUUGACGAGUCACCUGCCUCUAAACCCGGACUGUUGUAUGUGAAAGGAAGGAAACUCGGACAUUUGACUUUAUUAUGGGAGUUCAAGUGAUUGUAGACAACUAAUUUAUUGCUGAAACUGACUCACCGUUCCUAAUAUAUAAAUCUUUGUACCGUACCUACCUCGGACUCUCUCGUUCUCCCCCGUCAACAACCGACCGACCCCCU